AUGUCGACGCCCGACGAGUUGACUGUCCUCAUUCAGAAUCUCCAAAAAUGCAACAACACGAGCGAAUCGAUAAACUUCGACCUGGCGAGGACCAUCCAGGAGUUUCUCAACUGCCUGGACAGAAAUGUGCUGGAGGAAUUAGAAGGGGGAAUACACGAAGGUGAAAGGGAGAAGGAGAGUGACAAAGAAGGGGAAAAGGACCGGGACAGAGACGUGACGAACAGCUUCACCUCAGCGGCCAUUUUUGUGGAAAACUGCGUCAAAAUCUUCGGCCUGAAAAUCGAGCACUUGCACAAUUUGGCUCAUAACACGCUGUACAAUAUUUACAAAGACAACAAACAUAGCAAUGCAGGAAAGAAGCACAUCGUUAUGUCCGACGAGGAGGAGUAUCUCUUCAUUAAUGAAGUAAAGAAUUUAAAGAGUUGCCCCGGGGAGAACGAGUCAUGCCUGGAGGACGACCUUCUCAUCAAGACAAUUCCACUACCCACUUUUCUGUUUUCUGAAAAUGUGAAGAAGAAGGAAGGCUCUGUGGAAAUGAGAGCAGACAUGGCUACAGCCACUGUCACAGGCACAGACAUGGAUGUGGACAGUGGGCUGGGCACCGACUUGAGCGUUUCUCACCUCAACGCUGAUGGUGGGGGCGGUGACGAUCGAAAGGGGAACUCCAGCAUGUCAAAGCAAAAUGAAGGAGCUAUUAGCGAGGCGAUCGCGGCGACCGCGGCAUCGACGAAUGAAAAAAAUGACCGUCUAACCGACGAAACGGAGGAGGUACUUGAACAAAACUCCAUAAAACCGCUAAACUUCGACAAAAUGUACCUAGAAAACGAUGGAAUUCUCCUCCUAGACAUUAACGACUACAACGUUUUCAUAAAUGACCAAUACGACUUUUCCAUCUUAAACCAAAACAGUUCCAUGCUCUUUGAAAAGUACGACUUUUCUUGCUCCAGACAUUCAACAUAUUUGUCUCCCGCAAAUCUGAGCAAAUAUAUUGAGAGGGAAAAGAUGGUGAACGACAUUUACAAGGCUUACAAUUUUAAUGACCUCCUGAAUGAUGAAUUAUGCUCAGACGUCUUCCUAUUUAAGAGUGAUUUCUUCCAUUAUGACCUCGCCCUAGGCAUCAUCAAAAGCAAAAAAUAUCUAUUGAAUAGGUUUAAAGAACAGAAGAAGUACCUGUACGUCUUGGACGAGAAUGCCCACAUGGACAAGGACAGAAUGGGAACACCGACGUUUGAAAAAAAUGAAAUAAAAAGGAAAUUGCCACACUAUUAUAUGCUUAACUGCCAGAAUAUCAAACAUGCGGAGGAUUUCUUCACCUACAUGCAGCCCAGCCAAAUUAUAGAUAUUAUCACCCGAAACGCGGAGAGGCAAUAUUUUUCAUGCCCCCCAAGUGGGGAGACAUCACAGAGGAGGCAAUGUGACAGCACAUCUGGUGCGAACUCGCCAAGCGGAGCUGUUGCUCCUCCCGUUGACCCUUCCUCUACCCUACGCGACACGCUUCCCCCCCGCUCCAACGACCAGAAGCUAUUUGAACAAAUAAAAAUCCCAGACAUUUAUAUACAAAAGCUGGGUCUCAACUUCGACUACUACCAUUUGGAGCCGCUCAUCUACAAUUUAAUAAAAGAAUUGAAGAAAAAAAAAAACGUCGAAAAAUACUUCUCCUUGGAUUUGUUUGACGAGAAGAACAACUACGACUUGGACAUUUUGCAGGACGAAGAUUACGUCGAUGAUCAGAAUGAAGAAAACACAAUCGCCGAGGGGCAUUGCAAUUUAACCAGUGAAAACUUCCUAGAUGUGCGAUCCCUAAAUGAUGGCAUGCUAGAUGGCAUGAUUGAUGACAUUCCGCUGGACGUCUUUGAGAAAAAGGACUCGUCCGAUGCGUUUUUCGCUUCCUUCGAUGACGAUAUUCACGACAGAGUCAACAAAUGGAACGUCUUCCUUGAAGAGAAACUGCAGCUCCUCAGGAGCCACCCCAAAUAUGAUGUCGACGUGUACAAAAAAAACAUCAUCCAUUAUACCGUUAACAGCGGAGAAAAAAUCCCCCUCUGCAAUCUCAUCCAACAUAGGGAGCCCUACCAAGUGUGUAGAAACUUUCUCACCACCCUCAUGUUAAUCAACACAGAUAUGCUUCAAAUAAGCCAGGUCAAUCGGCACAGCCAAUCCAACGACGUAAGUAACUACCAAAUUAAUGUGAAAAAGGAAAACGUGCAGGAGUACCUUGCCUCAUCCAAGAAGUUUAAAAAUACCAGUUUUGUCCUAAAGGAUAAGAAGAGAAAGACCGCCUCCAAGGGCGGGACGCGCAAUGCCAAGUCCGCCAAGAAGAAGCCGCACAAAAAUUAG